GACUUGUAAACAGAAGUGACGUCACAUUGGUCUCCACACACACCCUCAGACCAGCCAGGGCAGUGUCCAAACUACUCUGCGUGGCACUGAAGCACCAGCAGUGAGGAGGGUAACUCAUGUGUUUCCUAGGCCCUGAGGUCCUAUGGGUGUCCAGGGUCUGACCACGUAUGUGGAGGGGAACAGAAACUUCCUCCAAGAUGUGAAGUUCAGAGACAGCCGCCUGGUUAUUGAUGGCUGCAGUCUGUACUUCCGCCUCUACUUUAACCACGGUUUGGACCAGCAGCAUGGAGGAGACUAUGAUGCUUUCGCUUGCCUGCUCAACCAGUUCCUCUCUGCUCUAUCAGCCUGCAACAUCCAGCCAUAUGUGGUACUGGAUGGAGGGAUCGACCCCAGUGACAAGAAGUUCCCCACUCUUCGUCAGCGUCUGCAGUCCAAGAUAAAGGAUGCGGACAGCCUUUCCCACGGCCGCAAUGGCUCCGUUCUCCCCAUCCUCACAAGAGACGUCUUCAUUCAGGUCCUCAUCCAGAGAGGAGUCCCGCUGUUCCAGUGUCCAGCUGAGGCUGACUGGGAUAUUGCAUGUUUGGCUCACCAGUGGAGCUGCCCAGUUCUGACCAAUGACAGCGACUUUUAUAUCUUUGACCUGCCAGGUGGUUAUCUGCCACUCCAUUAUUUCCAGUGGACCAACCUCAACGGUAAAGCCUCUCACCGCUACAUCUCGGCUCGGUGCUACACCACCGAUGGGCUGUGUCGCUGGUUUGGCGGCAUGAACCGGGAGUUGCUACCCUUAUGUGCCGUCCUGGCUGGCAAUGACUAUGGCACUCCAAAAGAUGCUGAAACACUGAUAGGUCUGUUAGAUGUGAAUGCAUUACGGAGAGGAGGAGGUGGCAGGGGUAAAGGUAGGGCACCCUCUUCCCGCAUUGAGGGCUUCCUCCUCUGGCUGUCCUCUUUUCCGAGUCCGGCGGAGGCCCUGGAGGAAGUGAGCAGGCUAAUGGGGGAGGAAGGUGGAGGCGUUAGGGGCAAGAGAGGACAGCAGGGUGGGCUCAGUUCAAAGCUGUGGGCGGGUAUGCAGGAGUACCACAUCACCCCUCAAAGCUCUCUGGCUCGCUGGUUCUCUGGAGGUCAGGCAGCUCCUGGAGGGCGGACCUCUGGGCUGCCAGAGUGCCUGUCGCUGGCUGCAGCGCAGGGACUGUUGGCUCCUUUAGUGGUAGAUGCUCUGGUGAUGCACAGGGUCCUGCUCAUCCCACAGGUGGAGAACAGCAAGCUAGCCAGCAGCCAUUGCAGUGCCAUCACCAUACGCCAGGCUAUAUAUGGGAUAUUACUGCAGAGAGGCCAAGAUGUACAAGCACGGGAUGUGAGGGGACAAGAAAACAUCAGCCAGGGUACGAGAGGUGGGAGAGGGCGAGGGGGAAGGGGGCGGGGAGGUGGUCAUGUUGGUGGAGGUGGAGGUCGAGGUCGGGGCAUGAUUUUACCCACACAGCAGGGUGUAAAUGUAGGAUUUAGCAUUGAACAAGCAGCAGGUGUAGCUACAGUUCAGGGCUCUAGUACCCCCAUGUUUGUAGAGGAGUACGACCGUGUGGAUCUGAACUUGAAGAAAAACCAUGUAGAGGCACAUCCGCUCAGAAACCCCCUACGUCUGGAUACACUCGGCCAGGCUCCUGUGGCAGUUCGUCUUGGUGUCCUGUUAGAAGUCUUGGGUACGAAGGAGUCUGCCCUGGCUCCUCUUCCUCUCCACCUGAGGCUGGCUGUAGCAGUGACAGCCUUCUGGCUGCGACAGGCCACACCAACACCCUCACAGCAGCAGCUCCAGGCUUUGGUGCUGGGCAUGGUUUACGAUGAGCUGUCCUGGAACAACCGGCCCGGAGCUACCCACUACCCACAUGCCGUCCCACAGCUAAACUGGGCUGCGGAGCACAACGUGUUGGCAGGGCUGGAUCGACAGCGUGUGAGGCCAGGGGAGAGGCGGGGCUUGGAUGUCGGAGUGGCUCACGGUUUCAGCCAGUGGCAAGCCUGCCUCUGGAGUGCACUGUGUCUCAAUCAGCUAUUGCUGCUGCCUCUGCCUGAACCCCACCUAUCAUGGUUGUACAGUGGUACCUUGGUGCACGGCCUCCUCAAGUACCUGAAAGGAGGCCGAGCUGCUGAAUCCCUCCUAGCCGGGGCUCCCUUGUCCGGACAACUCUACUCCUCCCUGCUGGCCGCUGUGAGGAACUGCAGCUUCAAAACCCAUCCCUCCUCUUCGGCAGCAGGGGGGAGGAAUAGAGGUGGAGGCCGGGGAAGGAGAGGAAGAGGGAGAGGGAGAGGUGGGAGAGGUGGGAGAGGAGGAAGGGGAGCGGGGAGAGGGACUGGGGAGAUAAACAACAUGUUUUCUCUUCUGAUGAGCGACGAAGAGUUUGAUGAUGAUUGAUGAGAAAAAUGAACUGAUCGAAAUGAAGCACCUGCUAGGGGCCAAAUGAGGGAGGACAUUCCAGUGUUUUAUCAAACACACUCAGGGAAUGAUACAAAUGGUGAUGAACUGCAUGUCUUAAUUUUUUACCAAUGAGCUUCUGCCUUUCUAACCGCGUUGCACUAAUUUAACCUUCCUCACUACCUGAAUGUCAGAUCAGUAUUGUCAAAGCACACUCUUGCCAUAUUUUAGCAGAUUUAGGAGAGCUUUUAUUAAAGUAAUGUCACUGUAAUUAAGGCAUGUUUUCACUUGACAGUUUUAUUCAACACAAGAUUUAAACAGUAAAUGUCUUGUUGUAUUAUCUCCAUUUAGCAGAAAGUUGUAUGGCAGCUAAUGUCAUCUUAAUGAGUAACUCAUGAAAUUGUAUUUUAUCGCAGAGGCCUUCAUACUCAUGAAUUUGGUGCUCAGGUCUACUCAACUUUCUAUGAUAAAAAAAUAGAAAUCAAA